AUGGUAAACGUGGGCACACUAACAGAAGCAGUGAGUGCUCUUCCAGAUAGUCCAUCAGAAAUAACAGCCGAAUCAUUAACUUCAGUAGUGUUAACAGAAGCAGUUAUCUUGUCGUCUGCUAAUACUAUGGAAGCUACGAUUGAACCAUUAGCACCUGCUGCAACAGGAUCCAGUCGUGUUCCACAGUCCUCUGUUGCAACAUAUGCUAUUCAAGAAGCCGGUGUUCAAGAUUGGAUGACAGUUGAUAAAGCUGAAUGUAUGGCAUCAUGUUUCGCUCCAAAUGUCUAG